AUGGGCAUGUCUGCUUCCACGCGCACAACGACGCUUGUGCUGGCGUGGCUCGCCUGCCUCGGCUUCUGGCUCGCUGCGCCCACCCUCGCCGUCUCGCUGCCCCCCGCUGCGCACUGGACCAACACCAACGUGGUCAAGCAGAUCGAACUUGCCGGCACCACCUCGCAUGCCAUCACCACGCUCUCCGUCCGUCCCGGUGCAUCUCACAACGGCGGCGAGGUGCUCGACUACUACUUUGUGCUGGCGGCGCACGAGGCGGAGCACCUGGCGUGGUCGCGUCUGACGGUCAAGCCGGCGCUGGAUUCGGCGUUUGCGGCGCGCGACAACAAGCACGGCGGCAUGCGUCCCGUCGUACCCCUACAGCAGCUUGGACCGCUCGAUGGGGAUAUGGAUUCGGUGGUGUUCAAGGCCGAAAUUCCCGCCGAGUUGGUCGGGGCGGAGGGCGUGGGGAUGACGCUCGAGACGGCGCUGAAUCAUGUGACGCAGCCGCUGCCGAAGCAGGUCAAGCAGACGCAGCCGCAGCUCGUGCUGUGGGAGGGCGAUGCGGCGGUGCGAUCGCCCUACCCCACGAAAACGGCGCGCAUCAAGGUCAAGGCUGCCUCGCCCAAGAUCAUUGCCUACUCGCCCGACUCCGCCACCAAGUCCGGAAGCAUCGUAACGUUCGGCCCCUUUGAAAACGUCCGCCCCAUCCAAGCGGGGACCAAGGUGGAGCAGGGCAGUGUGCAUUUUCAACUGGAUGCGCCGAGGGCGGUGAUUGUCGAGCUGAAGCGCGUGGCGGAGGUGAGCCACUGGGGCGAUGCGCUGAGUGUGCACGACCGGCUGGUGGUGCGCAAUGCAGGUGCACAGCUCAAGGGCCACUUUUCGCGCAUCGAACACCAGAUGGCGGCGUUCUACAACAAGGCGUCCGCGAGCGCGCUCUCGACGAUUGCGAUGAGCCUGCCUGCAGGUGCGCGCGAUGCGUGGUUCGUAGACGAUAUUGGCAACGUCUCCACGUCGCGAUUCCGCGAGUCCAAACCGGAUCCGAGCCUGCUUAGUGCGUCGUCGGUGUUGCCGACUUCGGCAGGGGUGGCGGCAAGGAUGAGUGCGCUCGAGUUGCAGCCGAGGUUUCCGUUGUUGGGUGGGUGGAACUAUAGUUUCAGUGUUGGGUUUACGCUGCCGCUGAGUGCGGGCGGGUGGAUGAGGAAGGUGCGCGCGUCCAACGAGUACAUCACUGCCGUACCGCUGUUUACACCCAUCAAGGACGUGGCUGUCGAUAAGCUGACCACCGUCAUUGUGCUGCCCGAAGCAGCGUCGAGGGUCCAGCUGGAGCUGCCGUACGAUAUCCACGUCGAUCACGAGAUCUCAAAGACCUACCUCGACACGGUGGGGCGCAACACGAUCAUCCUCACCCAGCGCAACGUUGCCCCGCAACACGCAGCACUCGUCUACAUCAAGUAUUCCCUGCCGCAUAGGGCCAAUAUGGUCAAGGUGGCGGCGGUCGCGGCGGUUACGGCGGCAUUGCUCACGGCCACAGCGGUAGUGCAACGUGUACAGACUAGAAUCAUUUGA